AUGGAGGACCCCUCAACGAAGCUCGUGGAUGAACUGUGUUCAUUGCUGGACGAGGCUACAAUUCUCUCAAUAUGUAGUGAUUAUGAUCUCACGAAACCUGAUGAGUUUCAAGCCGCCAGGGAGAUCCUCCUCAGCAUCUCCAAGGAUGUUGAAGCAGAGGAGGCCACGGGAUUCAACCCAAGCGGGCUGGGUGCAAAUGAAGUCGUCGACAUCAACGGGGCGGGCGCUGAUGAGCCUGGAGAGACUCGCAACGUGUCCGAAAGCGACCUCAAGAGCAACGAUGGCUUCACGAGCGCCACGGAGAGUUCUGCACCGCAGAGCGUGCUGUCGACGGGUUCCUCCAAGACAUCAACGCAAGACGCACCAGAACCCAUCCAUUUGGGCCUAUUCGAUGGGCUGAGCAACCAUGAGAAAGAAAUCCGCCUAGGAGAGAUGUUCACUCUCCUCAAGCCGAUAGACGUCAAAUUAGCGUUGCAGAAGGCCAAAGGGGACGCCGAUCUGGCGUUGGACGUUCUGCUCAACACAGAGCAUCUGGAACAGAUGGGUCAACGUCUCAAAGGUGUCGACGGCUUUUACGUCGCCGAUGACGCUGUGCAAGCCAAGAAGAGAAAGGGCAAGAAAAAGAAAGGCUUCGGCCGUAUAUCCGAGUCGGCGAACUCGAGCUCGACGAACGUCUCGGUGGACUCCAAGGCGAAUGAUGAAACGCACCAACAAAACAUCGCGUUCCUGGCCGAUCGCCUUCCUCUGCAGGACUCUGAUGUUGCAACCAUUUAUUAUCAGCACGACUCAUCCAUGGGCGCGACAGUCGUGCAGUUUCUGGAUAACUACAUGAUGGCGCUCGGUAUCGAACCUACCCAGACCUGCAGGUCUCGAGACGCCGAUGAUCUUGCCAAGGAAUUCUCUUGGAUCCCUACAAAGUACAUCACUCCAAUACUGGAGAUCACUGCUCCUACGCGACAACACGCAUUAGACAUCAUACAUAUCCUCGCCGAUUAUUAUGAGAAGCCAGCAUAUCUCAAGUAUGAUGUCUCAUACAGAGUUGCCGCGCCACGACUGGACAUCGAGACUCCAGAAAACAGUAGCAGCAAUACGCGUGGGGGUAAGAGCUGGUCAGCAUUGGCAAAGGCCGGGCCUCCAAGCCUGAAUCAGACACUCAGCCCGCAGUCCCCGGUGCUGAGUUCAUCAGAUUUUGCCGCUUUGCGAGACCAGUCGUACAAUUACGCCGGGGCUACGUUCAAGAAAGGAGGCCUCUACCGACAGGCAGCCGUGGUGUAUUCAGAGCGCGGGCGCGAGCUGGCGCAGAGUCAUCGCCAGGCAACUAGCGCGGAAGCCGCUUACAUGGUGGACCGGACCAGCACCCAUAAUAAGAUUGAUCUUCACGGCAUCACUGUACAGGACGGCGUCGACAUUGCGCUCGAACGCGUCCGGCGAUGGUGGGAGAGCCUGGGCGAGGAUCGGGCUCGGAAAGCAAAGGACGGCUUUACGAUCGUCACCGGUCUGGGCCGUCACAGCGCCGACGGCAAAUCUCGCCUCCGAAUCAACGUGUGUAAGGCGCUCGUUGCGGACGGCUGGAAGGUCGAGGUCUUGACGGGUCAGUACCUCGUCACAGGGAGAAGGCGAUGA